UAUUUGUAAAUACAUUGGUUAAUUGAUGGUGCGUGCAGCUUGCCAUUGGAGUUCCCUUGGGGCUACUAUAUAUAAUCCUUUUCAGUUCAGUCCUUCUUCUUCAUCUCAAUCAAUCAGAGUCAAACGCUUCAACAGUUGCAUCUCCAUUUCCGGUACACUGUUCUAUCAUCAAUGGCUUUAUCUGUUUCCACCGAUUGUUUCCUUCCCGCACUUGGAUUUGUUCAUCAUCAUCCCCAACAUCGUAUUGCUGCUCCUACUAACUUCUUCAAUCUUCAAAAAGCUCCUAAAACCGCCACUUCCCUCUCCUUUUCGCUUUCUAUGCGAGCUUUAGAAGUUAAGCCACACGCUCAGAGCAAGGGCCGAUCAUCUUUUGCACAAACAGAUGCUGUGAAGCAUCUGACAGGUUCUGUUACUAGAACGGAGGGACUUCGUUUUGCCAUCGUUGUUGCACGGUUUAAUGAAAUAAUCACUAGGCCACUCUUGGAGGGAGCUUUGGGUACUUUCAAGAAUUAUUCGGUUCAAGAUGAAGACGUUGAUGUUGUGUGGGUUCCAGGUUGUUUUGAAAUUGGUGCCGCUGCAACAAGACUUGGUAAAUCAGGCAAAUAUCAUGCAGUCAUAUGCAUAGGAGCUGUGAUACGAGGGGAUACAACUCACUAUGAUGCAGUUGCUAAUUCAGCAGCAUCUGGAGUACUUUCAGCUGGUCUAAACUCAGGCGUUCCAUGCAUAUUCGGAGUCCUAACAUGCGAGGACAUGGAUCAGGCUAUAAAUCGAGCUGGUGGCAAAUCUGGUAAUAAGGGUGCUGAGGCUGCAUUGACUGCUAUUGAGAUGGCAUCUUUGUUCGAGCAUCAUCUGAAUUAGUCAUAUUGUUGGAAUGCGGGGCUAAUCCAUAUUUUCAUCUCCAGAAUGGUUAUGCUCUUGUUCAACGGUAUCAAUAUCUUCUCAAACUACAGUUGGUUACAAAUAAGCAGAGGAUUAGUGCUUUUUCCUCCCAUUGUUUGUGUUUGAAUGGGCACUGUUUUGUGUUCAGGGAUGGGAUGAAAUUUCAUGUAACAAUAACAUUGUAGAAUAGCAUUUCUUUUUUUGCUCAAAUUCGUCUACUAUUUAUGUUUUUGGCCAUUUUGUUAUUAAAAUUUCUAUUCACGAAUAUACCAGAGAGCAAAGUUCAUCUCCUCAUUUAUAAUGAAUCAUCUUCUUUAUCUAA